AUGGCAUAGAUUGGUGCAGCAAUGGAUAGUCUAGUGAAAAUUUACAAUAAUUUAAAACAAAGAAACACCGGAGAAGUUGUAGAUGAUUAAGGAUGUAAAAAGAUGGUUUAUACUUUUGUCAAAUAAGGACAAUUAGACGGACCAGGAAAAAUAGUUGGGAAAUGUGGAACCAAAAAAGACCAUGCUCGGGUUUUCUGUUGCCAAAAUUGUUUUUCACAUUAUCAAUGA